AUGUCUCUAGCCGGCUUGGGACCAUCAGAAGAAUCACCAUCUCUUGAGAUACAAUUCAUUGAUGAAGAGAGUAUUUUAGACUCAGAGAAGUCCGAGAUCGAUGCUCAUGCGGAUGAGUGGCUCUACCAUAAGAGGCAGCUUCCUUCACUGCUCUUACUGUCUAAAUCGCUCUACAUAGUUUGCAAGGAGUAUUCGCGAUACAAAUUUGGCAACGGUUCUGUGUUCUUGGCAAGCCUUGGACUUAACAAUUCCCUCAUGUCGCUUGUCUGGCUGUCUGGACCAAUUGCUGGUGCUGCAUUACAGCCAAUAUUCGGCGCUUCAUCGUCUAGAGGAGAAUUACAUAUGAAUCGAGUGUUUCUCUCGAUUUUGCCGACGCCUAGUUAG